UCAGCACUGAACAAGAGCUGGUACGCGUCACUCAUCACUGUGGAAAACCAUGGAAUUUCUUGGCUGUGAUUUCAACGCAUAGAAAGUAUUGAACACGACAUUCUUUUCUGAGAAUCUGGAAUGCCUCGAUGCAAAGUAACGGUGACAAAAGACGUGUUGGGUGAAGAAUUUGAGCGGUCGGCUGUUCGGUCCAGCCUGCCAGGCUUGGCUUUGGAUUUUCGUGGGGGCAUGAUCACUCCACCCGUCUCCUGUCUGAGCCACAUCGAGAUACCUAUUGUUGCAUUCAUCGGAAUCAUAGCAUUGAACAGCAGACAAUUACUGAACAGUUGCAAUAUUAAAUAAGGAUUAUUCUAUCGGCAAUGAUGGAUUCUACUCAUCACAACUACAUUACAUUUUAGAGUAUUCGCAAUAGAUCGACACUCAUCCAAUUCACACCAAAGUACACAUGAACGUCGUCCAGCAAUUCGACUCGGCCAAACGGACAGAACAUCAUGACUUGGCCUCAUAUGAGGCUCAGCUAGGAUGCUCAAGUCAAACCUUGGCUGGAAACAAAUUCCCACACACUCACGAUGAGUUCGGUAAAGAAUGUCAGGAUUAUGAACUCAAACUUUCGGAAUACGAAGCCUUCUCGUGGAUUCGAUUACACCCAGACGAAAGGGCCCCGAUUACUCUAGCAUUCGCCGCUCAUGAUAUCGACAAUCCGCGAAAUUGGUCCAAAGCUCGGAAGUGGUAUAUCACAAGUUUUGUGAGCAUGCUCAAUGUCUUGACAUGUCUCUGCGCUGGUGGAUACUCGUCAGGAUCGCAAUCGCUCAAAGAAGAAUUUCAUUGCUCGUCCCUGAUGGUGACCACCGGUCUGUCGACAUACAUAUUAGGUUUCGCGUUCGGUCCAAUGCUGCUAGCACCACUCAGUGAACACUGGGGUCGCAAUCCGAUUUACAUCUGGUCCUGGCUUUUGCUAGUCAUUAUGCAAGCACCAGUAGCCGUGGCAAAAGAUAUGAAUACAGUAAUCGGAUUACGGUUCCUCCAGGGACUUGCUGGUUCUGCGCCUCUGACUAACACUGGAGGAACAAUUGCAGACCUAUGGGAGCGAGACUUCAGUGGUGCACCUAUGGCUAUUUAUGGUCUAAGCAGUACUCUUGGUCCCCCUUUGGCACUGCCGUUGACAGGAUACUUUGCUCAGAAGUUUGGUUGGCGCUGGCUUUUCUGGUUCUUCAUGGCAGUCCUGGGCGGGGCAUGGCUUCUUCUUGUGACCACGCUGCCUGAGACACGGCACACCAUUAUCCUGACGAAGAAAUCAAAUCAAUUGCGGGACCAGUUGGCCGCACAGGGCCUAGCAAACGGCGCGUCGAGGAUUCGAAAUCCGACUGAAGAAGUUAGUCUGGGACAUCUGUUCAAGGUCACAUUGACGAGGCCCAUCCGAUUUUUAUUCACCGAACCCAUCACUCUGUCCGCUGCAUUGUACAAUGGAUUGAUCUACGGGUUGGUGUUCCUAUUCAACGAGUCGUUCCCUCUUGUUUUCGGCCGCUUGCAUGGUUUCAGCCAUGCGCAGACAUCCCUUACUUUCCUCGGAUUAUGCGUUGGAUCCCUCGUCGGCUGUGCUCUCUAUCCAAUUCAAGAGCGCCACUAUCAAAAAGUUCGCACUCCGGAAUCUCGGGUAUGGCUCAGCCUGCCUGCGUGUUUCUUGCUCCCAGUCUCGCUAUUUUGGUUCGCGGGUUGCAGCACGUCGAAAGUCCAUUGGAUCGUACCUAUCAUCGCUUCUGCAUUGUUUGGCGCAGGAAUAUUUGUUGUGGUGUUAGGCGUUUUGAACUUCGUCCUUGAUUCGUACGGACAGUACACGGCGUCGUCCCUCGCGGGCGUAAUUUUGGUCAGGAAUGUGGUUGGCGCGAUUUUCCCUCUGGUGGCGGAGAGAAUGUACGAGGGGAUGAGUUAUCGUUCGGCUGGCAUCCUUCUAGCCUGUCUGGCCCUGGUCUUCUGCGUGGUUCCAUUUCUCUUCUAUUUCUGGGGCGUGGAGAUCAGGAAGAGAAGCCGCUGGGCAAGUGGCAAUGGAGAGGAUGUUCACAAUGUGCAAGAAUGAGGCUGUCUAGAACGGGAAACAGAGAUUGAAGAGGAUUUAGAGUUCCAUGGAAAGAUUUUAGCGAACUUGUAUAUUAUCAUUAUCUGCUUUUAGAUAGAUGUAGUAGGAGCACGCUUCUCUAGAGCAUAGAAAUAUUAAAAUGAAAUUGCAUAUGGC